AUGAGUAGACUGCGAGUAACUCCAAAGGGAAAAGUCAAGAAGAACAUUCCCAUCACCCGCGUGGGCCGCAAACAAUAUCUCAAACGCCGAUUCGCACACGUCCGCCGCGUAGAUGUCGCCGGGGCGAACAAUCACUUCACACAAAAGUACUUUGAUGGGGCCCAAACCGCCGCACAGAACUUCACACGGCUUGGACUCAGCACAGACCCAAGUGCCCCAAAGGCUGUGCAGUUACUGCGCAAGAAACAAGUUCGGCCAAACUCACGAAAGAAGUUGGAGGAGGAAAAUCAAUUGGAGGAACAACAGGCAUUACGGAAGGAGACCGGCGUUGGACGACCAGUUAGUGAGGCGGAGGGAUGCACCAUGGCGAAUCUCAUUCACAAGUACGGCACAGACUUUAAGGCCAUGUCCUUUGAUCACAAACUUAAUCCCUAUCAACUGAAUCCACGACAAUUGCAAAGACAAGUGGUGAAUUAUCUUCGCUGGGAAAAGGCAGCCUUUCCAGAUGCUUUUGCAGAGGCAGAGGCAAAAGGAUGGUUCUCCAUUGAGGCAUUCCAAGACCCAAAGAAAAGGUUUGGUCAGAAGUGA